AUGGAGGAAGAGGUGCUCUUGAGUGGUUGGUUAGAGAAGCGGCUGCCAGUGCUACGAGACACCUGGGAGCCCCACUGGUGCGUCCUGAGGCAGAGCUCCUUAGCGUGCUACGAGGCGGAGCGUGAGUGCUCCGUGCCCAAGCUGGAGCUCCGAGUGCUGAAGUGGGCGGCCUUCAGGGAAGAAGAUGCCUUUGGAGAUGCGCAGCUCCAUCGGAAGACACGGCCCUGCGGCUUCGUGUUGGACCUGGGGACCGAUGUGCCACACGCUCACCAGCGCUUUGUGCACUUCGACGCGGCGACAGAGGCGCAGCUCCAACGGUGGCUGGAGGCCUUCCAGGCGGUGACCCGCGGCACUGGGGGUGGAAAAUGGAAAGAAGACGAGGUGAAGGAUGUUGACGGUGUGUGGUGA